GGAAGCUUAGUAGACGUGGAGGUUACCACGUACUUAAAUCAGCCGUGUAAUUACACAAUUAGAAGUGCUCUGCUAUAUAAAUAACAUUCUUCUCUGCUUACAUUCAGUAUCUUCGGAAAACUGACGUCUCAAUUAGAAUGCCUGGACUGUUAGCAGCUGAAAAAAUUUCUGACAUUGCACAACAUUCAAAUCAUCAUGAUAACGAUUUUACUUUUGAAAGUUUGAACUGUAGCGAUGGUCGUUCACACGACGAAUCAUCGAAUGAUCUCCAUACUGAAAUUCAUCAUACACUUCGGGCGGAUCAUAAUGGUUUAACACAGAAAAAACUAUCGAAUUUAAAGGAAGACGAAGAAGAUAUUUCAGCAUUUUUGUUGUCUUUGCAAAGUUUACUUUCAAAAUACUCAAUAUACAAUUCUAGUAAAGCACCAGCAUCGCCUGUAAGCUCCGGUGGUAUACAGCAGCUACUAACAAGAAAACUUGGGAAAAAAACUGACCACGAUAAUGAUGAUUUUAGUUUCAUGCAAAAAAUCAAAUCUUUUUAUUUUAAAGAUUGCUCAACAGUCAAAUUUAAUGAAAGUACAAAUGAAGGCGAUGGAAAUAUUAUUCAGUUUUUGCCCGUUGAUAUGAAGCUUCACAUAUUUUCAUACCUCGAUGCAAGAUCACUUUGUCUAGCUUGUUGCGUUAGUCAAGAAUGGAAUCUGUUGGGCAGCCAUGAUCUCUUAUGGAAAAAGUUACUUCAUCAGGAUAGUAAACAUUGGACACAAAUAUCUCAUACAACAAAUCCACAGAUGUACCAGGAAGUGAGCUCUGAUUGGUCCCAAAAAGAAAUCUAUUUGAAGUGCUCUCCUGAGGUACACAAACAGCUUCACCACCCAAAUACUACAUUCCACAAUGUGACUUCUAUGUUCAAAUAUUUGAUGCCUAAGAAAGUACCAAAAGUAGCUAUGUUUGGACCUGGCUUAGAGCAGUCAACAAGUAGCAUUGUUCGACAAAUGUUGUAUGAAAAUAACUCCACGUUUACCAGAGUUGCAAUGUUCCCUGGGCAAUUUGAUGGUGUUGGGGGUGGAAUGACUUUGAAAUUACAAACCGGCCAUUCCCUUCAUUUAUCAGUUUUGUAUUCAGCUUCUAAAAAUGAAAGAGAAAAUAGGAAUGCUCAGGAAAGAGUUGACAAAAACAAGAUGUUUCAGAAACAAUUGGAAGGAGAAGAAUCCAAUUAUGAGCUGAAGACUCAGAUAAAACACUUCUGUCAAAUCUUGGAUGGCUUCAUUUUUGUUGUUGAUGCAUCCGAGACAAAAGAAUCAGUUGCCAGUGCUAGACAUGAGCUAAUGGCUAUGAUAAAAGAACGUCGAACUGCACCACAUGUACCGGUGUUGAUACUAUCAUGUGUUAAAAAUGAUGAAAGAUCUGGGCUGCCAGUGAGAGAUAUAGUAGAGCUCCUUAAUUUGUCAACUAUUUCACAGCCCUGGAUGGUUAUCAACUGUGUUUCUGAAACUUUGAAGUCCGUGGAUACAGGAAUUAUCUGGCUUAUAGACCAAUCUCAAUUCAGAUAAGGAUUCUGAUGUGAAGAUGUUUGUUAAUGGAAUUCAUGUCUAUCCUCCAUCUUUGUUUUUUUAGUAGAGAAUUAUAUACUGGAAAUAACUGUCAAUUUUGUAAAUGUGUAUAGUAUCCUGUUUGAUGUUUCUGUACAUAUAAAUUUAAAGUACUGCUGCAGGCCAGGGCAUUUAUUGCAAUGUACAUUAUGUAUAUCUUGAUCAAAUAAACAAA